GGACCUUUCCAACAACCGACUCAGUGGCAACUUUCCAUCGACUAUCGCACGGCUGACCAACUUGGUCAAAUUGAGUUUGUGGAGUAAUUUGUUCAAAGGCAACCUGCCAGGAGCCGUUUCAGGAUUAACUCUAUUGAAAAAAUUGGACAUUGGUGCGAAUGCAUUCACUGGUCAGAUCCCACAAUGGAUUUGUGACAUGACGGGUCUGACCUGCCUAAUGCUGGGGGAAAACAGCUUCGACGGGCCCAUUCCUGAGUGCAUGUCAAGUUUAACAAAUCUCAUUACUUU